AAAAAUGAAAUUCAAAACGGAAGCAAGCUGAAGGUUUUAAUUUGCAUGGAGGACGUUUUGUUCAUUGCAUUUCACGCUUUCUCUUCUGCUUAAUCUUUAUUCAAAUCUCAUAUAUAUGAAAAUUGUUAUUUAGCCUCCAACCCUUCGCGCCAGAUUGGGUUGGGGGGCGAUCCAUCGGGCUCUAAACAGCUUCGCAUUUUGUCAUUCAAUCUUUCGCUAAUAUUUGUCUGGGACUGAGACAGGGAAUGGUGUGGACGAAACUUUGUUGAAUUCAAUGGAGGCAGAUGAUUUGAAGAGUACCAUGUUAACAAUGAAUCCUACAGUCAUAGUUCCAUCUCCUAUUUUGUUAUGGAGAUCCAAGGUUUUCUUGUUCAUCUUCUGGGGUGUAGUUUGUUGCAAGAUCGGCUGGGAUUCUGUUAUGCGAAUGAGUGCGGACGUGCGCGACCUGUUUCUCUACGAGGCAUUUUUGUAUUAUAAUCCUCUUCUUCUGGUGACUAUGAUGGUUUGGCUGUGGGGAAUUAACUUAUGGUUCUUUUCCCAGUCUAACGUUAAUUACUCAAAGAUAUUUGAACUCGAUCAGAAUCAUCUUACUCACCAUGAAAUUUGGAAGUGUGCAACAUGGAUGACUAUUGUUGUCCCAACUAGCAUGACAGCCUACCUUUAUCUUUACUCUUGUGGAGAAGUAUCACUAGCUGCAUCACAACCAGUUCUCUUAUAUCUCGCUGUUGUGAUAAUUUUGGUUUUCCCUUUCGAAAUAUUUUAUUUGUCAUCUCGAUUUUUCUUACUAAGGACUCUUUGGCGAAUAGUUGUACCACUGCAGGCAAUUACAUUUGCUGAUUUUUUUGUAGCUGAUAUUUUGACUUCAAUGUCAAAGGUGUUUUCUGAUUUGGAAAGAUCAGUGUGUCGAAUGAUUCACCGACAGGUUGCCACCAUUGCAUGGUUUGAAGCUGAUUCUGUCUGUGGAAGUCACUCUGUUGCAAUCCCUGUGGUCCUUGUUUUGCCUUAUCUUUUUCGUUUGUUCCAAUGUCUUCGACAAUACAAGGAUACAGGGGAAAAAGCAACCCUUUUGAAUGCUUUAAAAUACUCGACUGCAGUACCGGUUAUUUGUCUAUCCGCCCUUAAAUACCAUGUCUUCCCUGAUAGAUGGACCAACGUUUAUCGACCUCUGUGGCUGCUAUCGAGUGUUAUGAACUCGUCAUACUCAUUUUACUGGGAUGUGAAACGAGAUUGGAACUUGAGCACUUUCACCCGGAUUUUCAAGUUCAACCGACCGCACUUCUUAUCGCAUCUCCUAUAUGGGCGGAAAUGGGUUUAUGUCUGGGUACUUGGAAGUAAUCUGAUAUUCCGGUGUACGUGGACUUAUAAGUUAUCUGCUCAUCUUCGCCACAAUUAUCUUACGGUCUUCGCGAUCACUGCGUUAGAGAUCUUUCGACGUUUCCAGUGGAUAUUCUUCCGAGUUGAAAAUGAGUGGAGCAAGAUGAACUUGAAGCCGAACGUACAUAUUUCAAUGAGUACUCUCUCGACCGAAGAAGACAAGUUGCUCAACUCCAGUAGCCAUGAUGUUUAAGAACUUCAUUGAUUGUUGCAUUUUUGUGUGGAUGCAUUUGUUUUGAAUAAUUGUUUCAUUAGUCUAUGAGGAGAGGUCCUUUUCCUUCACAGAUGGAUUAACAUUUUUGAGUUCUAAAUAAACAUUAUGGAGCAAGAGCAUUGUUAAUUAUCCUA